AUGAGUAACUUUCUUAUUUUAUCAGGUCCUGUUGCUUUAUCGCAAUUCAGAGUCUCCAAUUUGACUCAAGAACUUGAAAAAAAAGUUGGUCAAGAAAAUAUCAUUGAACAAAUUGCUGCUUCUUACACUCAUUACGUUUCUUUGAAAAAAGAAUUAACUGAUAAACAAUUGGAAUUAUUGAAAGUUUUAUUAACUUAUGAUAAUCCUCUUGAAGAUACUCCAUUGACUCAAGAAUUGGUUAAAAACUCCACUACCACUGAUGGUUCCUCCAUCAAAUUGGAAAGUGAUACUUUAUUUGUCCAAAUCUUGCCAAGACCAGGUACUAUUUCUCCUUGGUCUUCCAAAGCCACUGACAUUGCUCAAAUUUGUGGAUUGGGUGAUCAUGUUGAAAGAAUUGAACGUGGUGUCUCCUUGAUUAUUAAAACUAAGAAUGGUGUUCAAUUAGAUUCUUACCAACCAGAUGUUCUUUUAACUUCUGUUUUUGAUAGAAUGACUCAAACCAUUUACCUUGGAUCUAAUGUCCCACAAUACGAUGAUUUGUUUGCUCACCAUUCUCCAAAACCUUUGGUUACUGUUGAUAUUAUCUCCAACAAGGAUAACUUGAUUAACGCAAACAAAGAAUUGGGUUUGGCUUUGGAUCAAGGUGAAAUUGAUUACUUGAUUAAUGCAUUCACUGAUAUUAUUGGACGUAACCCAACUGAUGUUGAAUUGUUUAUGUUUGCUCAAGUUAACUCUGAACAUUGUCGUCACAAGAUUUUCAAUGCUGAUUGGACUAUUGAUGGUGUUAAAAAAGAUUUGUCUUUAUUCAAAAUGAUCAGAAACACCCACAACAAAAACCCACAAUAUACUAUUUCUGCUUAUUCCGAUAAUGCUGCUGUCUUUGAAGGUCCAGAAGCUUAUGUUUGGACCCCAGAUUUUGAAACCAAACAAUGGAAAUCCAUUAAAGAAAGAGUCCAAACUUUAGUUAAAGUCGAAACCCAUAACCAUCCAACUGCUGUUUCUCCAUUUGCUGGUGCCGCUACUGGGUCCGGUGGUGAAAUUAGAGAUGAAGGUGCUGUCGGUAGAGGUUCUAAAUCUAAAGCUGGUUUAUCUGGUUUCUCUGUCUCUGAUUUGCAAAUUCCAAGUUUACCUCAACCUUGGGAAAGAAAUGUUGGUAAACCAAACCACAUUGCUUCUGCAUUGGAUAUCAUGUUGGAAGCUCCAAUUGGCUCUGCUGCUUUUAACAAUGAAUUCGGUAGACCAGCCAUUAAUGGUUAUUUUAGAACUUUAACUACUGAAGUUGAAAACUCCGAAGGUAAAACCGAAAUCAGAGGUUUCCACAAACCAAUUAUGUUAGCUGGUGGUAUGGGUGCCAUCAGACCAGACUUGGCUUUGAAAGAUACCAAGAUCACACCAGGUGCUAAAUUGAUUGUUCUUGGUGGUCAAUCCAUGUUGAUUGGUUUGGGAGGUGGUGCCGCCUCUUCCGUUUCUUCUGGUGAAGGUUCUGCUGACUUGGACUUUGCAUCUGUUCAAAGAGGUAACCCAGAAAUCCAAAGAAGAGCUCAAGAAGUUAUCAAUGCCUGUGUUUCCUUGGGUAAAGAAGGUAAUCCAAUUCAAUCUAUCCAUGAUGUUGGUGCUGGUGGUUUAUCCAAUGCUUUACCAGAAUUGGUUCAUGAUAACGAUUUGGGUGCUAAAUUUGAAUUGAGAUCUAUCUUGUCUUUGGAACCAGGUAUGUCUCCAAUGGAAAUCUGGUGUAAUGAAUCCCAAGAAAGAUAUGUCUUGGGUGUUGCUCCAGAAAACUUGGACUUGUUUGCCAAGAUGUGUGAACGUGAAAGAGCUCCAUUUGCCGUUGUUGGUGAAGCCACUGAAGAACAAAGAUUAGUUUUGACUGAUUCCUUAUUGAACACUACACCAAUUGAUUUGGAAAUGUCUGUCUUGUUCGGUAAGCCACCAAAGAUGUCCAGAACUGCUAUUACUCAAAACUUGAAAUUAAAAUCAUUUGAAACCGAAAACUUGGAACUUGCUCAAUCUGUUGAAAGAGUCUUACAAUUACCUGCUGUUGGGUCUAAGAGUUUCCUUAUUACCAUUGGUGAUAGAUUUGUUACCGGUUUGGUUGACCGUGAUCAAAUGGUUGGUCCAUGGCAAGUUCCAGUUGCUGAUGUUGGUGUUACUGCUACAUCACUUGGUGAAACUGUUUUGACCACCGGUGAAGCUAUGGCUAUGGGUGAAAAACCAACAUUGGCUUUGAUCUCUGCUAGUGCUUCUGCUAAGAUGUGUGUUGCUGAAUCUUUGUUGAACAUUUUUGCUGCUGACAUUCCAUCUUUGAAACACGUUAAAUUAUCUGCUAACUGGAUGUCUGCUGCUGCUCAUGCCGGUGAAGGUGCCAAAUUAUACGAAGCUGUUCAAGCUAUUGGUCUUGACUUGUGUCCAGAUUUGGGUAUUUCCAUUCCAGUUGGUAAAGAUUCCAUGUCCAUGAAAAUGAAAUGGGAUGACAAAGAAGUUAUUGCACCAUUAGCUUUAACCAUCACUUCAUUUGCUCCAGUUGACAACACUUCAAACACCUGGACUCCUCAGUUACAAAAAGUUGAUGAUGAAACUGUUUUGGUUUUGGUUGACUUGGCUGCCACUGUUGAAAAAUCGUUGGGUGGUUCUGCUUUGGCUCAAGUUUACAAACAAGUUGGUAACUCUGCUCCAACUGUCCACUCUCACCAAGUUUUGAAAUCAUUCUUGGAAGCUUUAAUUGUCUUGCACAAAGACUUUGAUGUCUUGGCUUACCAUGAUAGAUCUGAAGGUGGUUUAUUGGUUACUGCUUUUGAAAUGGCUUUUGCUGGAAGAUGUGGUUUGGAAUUGAACUUUAAUGGUAAAGAAGAUAUUCACACUGCUUUGUUCAAUGAAGAAUUGGGUGCUGUUUUCCAAAUCAGAGCUAAAGAAUUGGCUAAAUUCAAAGAAAUCUUUGCUGCUACUGGUAUUUCUGAAGAAUACAUUCAAACUAUUGGUAAACCAACAUUUGAUUCCCAAUCAUUUGCCAUCACUUAUAACGGACGUCAAGAAUUCAGUGGUAAACGUAGUGAAUUCCAAAACUUGUGGUCCCUUACCUCACAUCACAUUCAAAAAUUGAGAGACAAUCCAGCUAGUGCUGAUCAAGAAUUGAAAUCUCUUCAAGAUGACAAAGAUCCAGGUAUUUCAUACCAAUUGACCUUCAAACCAAACGAAUUCAAAUCAUACACUAAACAACCAAAAGUCGCUAUUUUGAGAGAACAAGGUGUUAACUCACAACAAGAAAUGGCCUGGUGUUUCAAACAAGCUGGUUUUGAUGUUUAUGAUGUCACCAUGUCUGAUAUCUUAGAAGGCAGAGUCACAUUGGACGAUUUCGUUGGUCUCGCUGCCUGUGGUGGUUUCUCAUAUGGUGAUGUUUUAGGUGCCGGUGCUGGUUGGGCUAAAUCUGUCUUAUUCCAUGAAAAAGCACGUGAUGAAUUCAAGAGAUUCUUCCAAGACAGAACUGAUACAUUUGCCUUUGGUGCUUGUAAUGGUUGCCAAUUCUUGAGUAGAAUUGCUGAAUUGAUUCCAGGUACCGAUAACUGGCCAACUUUCGAACGUAAUUUAUCUGAACAAUAUGAAGCCAGAUUUGUUAUGGUUGAAGUUGAAGAUAAGGUCAAGAACAAUUCUAUUUUCUUGCAAAACAUGAAAGGAUCUAAAUUGCCAAUUGUUGUUGCUCAUGGUGAAGGUAGAGCUCAAUUCAAGAACCAAAACGGUGAAAAUGACUUUGAAUUGGAUGUUAUUCGUUACAUUGAUAACUACGGUAACCCAACCAACGUUUAUCCAUUCAAUCCAAAUGGUUCUCCAAAUGGUAUUGCUGGUAUUACUAAUGCCAAUGGUAGAGUUUUGGCUAUGAUGCCUCAUCCAGAAAGAGUCUGUAGAAAAGAAUCCAACUCAUGGUACCCAACUGAACAAGGUAAAGAAUGGGGUCCAUAUGGUCCAUGGAUUGAAUUGUUCAAAUCUGCAAGAGAAUGGGUUGGUGAUAAUUAA